GAGGUUUUAUUCCGCCCCGGUUUCCGCUCUUUUCCGGGUCGCUCUGACCCUCUCUGGAUACUGGCCGGAUCCACGGGGAAACCCGAAGACGCCGCGUGGGAUUGAAUUUCUGCUCACAGUUUGGGGGCUCUCAUUUCUCUCUCGGACCAGAGCUGAGCGGCGAAGCCCCUGGAGGAAGAGGAGGGCCGCCCUGGAGUGGUUUCUUUAACAGUGAUUGCAACAGAAGAGAGCGAUGGAACCCGAGGAAGAAAGGAUUCGCUACAGCCAGAGAUUGCGCGGCACCAUGCGGCGGCGCUAUGAAGACGAUGGCAUUUCCGAUGAUGAGAUUGAGGGGAAGAGAACCUUUGACUUGGAAGAGAAGCUCCACACCAACAAAUACAAUGCCAAUUUUGUUACUUUUAUGGAGGGAAAAGAUUUCAAUGUAGAGUACAUCCAGCGUGGUGGCUUGAGAGACCCUCUGAUUUUCAAGGACUCCGAUGGCCUUGGAAUCAAGAUGCCAGAUCCAGACUUCACUGUGAACGAUGUGAAAAUGUGCGUGGGGAGUCGCCGCAUGGUAGAUGUCAUGGAUGUGAACACACAGAAAGGCAUCGAAAUGACCAUGGCCCAGUGGACCCGCUACUAUGAGACUCCAGAGGAUGAGCGGGAGAAGCUCUAUAAUGUCAUCAGCCUGGAGUUUAGUCAUACCAGGCUAGAGAACAUGGUGCAGAGGCCCUCCACGGUGGAUUUCAUUGACUGGGUGGACAACAUGUGGCCACGGCAUUUGAAGGAAAGUCAGACAGAAUCAACCAAUGCCAUUCUGGAGAUGCAGUACCCAAAGGUGCAGAAGUACUGUCUAAUGAGUGUCCGAGGCUGCUAUACUGACUUCCAUGUGGACUUUGGUGGUACCUCUGUUUGGUACCACAUCCAUCAAGGGGGCAAGGUCUUCUGGCUCAUCCCCCCUACAGCCCACAACCUGGAGCUGUACGAGAAUUGGCUGCUGUCAGGGAAACAGGGAGACAUCUUUCUGGGUGACCGGGUAUCAGAUUGCCAGCGCAUUGAGCUCAAGCAGGGCUAUACCUUCGUCAUUCCCUCAGGGUGGAUCCAUGCUGUGUAUACUCCUACAGAUACCUUAGUUUUUGGAGGCAAUUUUCUGCAUAGCUUCAAUAUCCCCAUGCAGUUAAAAAUAUACAACAUUGAAGAUCGGACUCGGGUACCAAACAAGUUCCGCUAUCCCUUCUACUAUGAGAUGUGCUGGUACGUGUUGGAGCGCUAUGUGUAUUGCAUAACCAACCGCUCCCACCUAACUAAGGAGUUUCAGAAAGAGUCUCUUAGCAUGGAUUUGGAGUUAAAUGGGUUGGAAUCUGGGAGUGCAGAUGAGGACCCGAUGGAUCGAGAACCCCGGCGCUUGAGCAGUAGGCGCUCUGUCCUCACUAGCCCUGUAGCCAAUGGGGUCAACCUGGAUUAUGAUGGACUGGGCAAAGCCUGCCGGACUCUGCCAAGUCUGAAGAAAACGCUGUCCAGUGACUCCUCUUCUGACUCUAGCCGGGGUUCCCACAACGGCCAAGUGUGGGAUCCCCAAUGUAGCCCUCGAAAGGAGAGGCAGGUGCAUCUGACUCAUUUUGAGCUGGAAGGCCUUCGCUGCCUGGUAGAUAAAUUGGAGUCUCUGCCACUGCACAAGAAAUGUGUCCCCACAGGAAUAGAAGAUGAAGAUGCCCUCAUUGCAGACGUAAAGAUUCUUCUGGAAGAGCUUGCCAACAGCGAUCCCAAGUUAGCCCUCACUGGAGUCCCCAUAGUACAGUGGCCAAAAAGGGAUAAGCUGAAAUUCCCUGCGAGGCCCAAGGUGCGGCUCCCAACCAUCCCCAUCACCAAGCCUCACACUAUGAAGCCUGCCCCACGUCUAACACCUGUGCGGCCGGCCGCCGCCUCACCUAUCGUGUCCGGAGCCCGGCGGAGACGAGUGCGCUGCCGGAAAUGCAAAGCCUGUGUGCAAGGAGAGUGUGGAGUGUGCCACUACUGCAGGGACAUGAAGAAGUUUGGAGGACCUGGGCGCAUGAAGCAGUCCUGCGUGCUCCGGCAGUGCUUGGCACCUAGGCUGCCUCACUCAGUCACGUGUUCCCUCUGUGGAGAGGUGGAUCAGAAUGAGGAGACACAGGACUUUGAGAAGAAACUCAUGGAAUGCUGCAUCUGCAACGAGAUCGUGCAUCCUGGCUGCCUCCAGAUGGAUGGAGAGGGCUUGCUUAAUGAGGAAUUGCCAAACUGUUGGGAGUGUCCAAAAUGCUACCAGGAGGACAGCUCGGAGAAAGCCCAGAAACGGAAAAUGGAGGAGAGUGACGAUGAAGCCGUGCAAACCAAAGUCCUGCGGCCCCUGCGGAGCUGCGACGAGCCUCUCACACCCCCACCCCAUUCCCCUACUGCCAUGCUGCAGCUCAUCCACGACCCAGUGUCACCCAGGGCCAUGGUGACACGGUCAUCACCAGGGGCUGGCCCCAGCGACCACCACAGUGCCAGCCGAGACGAGCGCUUCAAACGGCGGCAGCUGCUGCGGCUCCAAGCCACAGAGCGCACAGUGGUGCGGGAGAAGGAGAACAACCCCAGUGGCAAGAAGGAGCUGUCUGAGGUCGAGAAGGCCAAGAUCCGGGGCUCGUACCUCACGGUCACACUGCAGAGGCCCACCAAAGAGCUUCAUGGGACGUCCAUUGUGCCCAAGCUGCAGGCCAUCACAGCCUCCUCAGCCAACCUUCGACACUCCCCGCGUGUGCUGGUGCAGCACUGCCCAGCCCGAACCCCUCAGCGCGGGGACGAAGAGGGUCUGGGGGGUGAGGAGGACGAUGAGGAGGAGGCAGACGAGGAUGAGGACAGCGCGGAGGAGGGGGGCGCGGCCCGGCUAAACGGCCGGGGCACUUGGCCUCAAGACGGAAACGAGAGCUGGAUGCAGCGCGAUGUCUGGAUGUCUGUCUUCCGCUACCUCAGCCGCAGAGACCUUUGUGAAUGUAUGCGAGUAUGCAAGACAUGGUAUAAAUGGUGCUGCGACAAGAGACUUUGGACAAAAAUUGACUUGAGCAGGUGUAAAGCUAUCGUACCCCAAGCUCUUAGUGGCAUCAUCAAGCGGCAGCCAGUCAGCCUUGACCUCAGUUGGACCAACAUCUCCAAAAAGCAGCUGACGUGGCUCGUCAACAGGCUGCCAGGGUUGAAAGACCUCCUCCUGGCGGGCUGCUCCUGGUCGGCCGUCUCUGCCCUCAGCACCUCCAGCUGCCCUCUUCUCAGGACCCUGGAUCUUCGGUGGGCAGUGGGCAUCAAGGACCCUCAGAUUCGGGACCUGCUGACUCCCCCAGCAGACAAACCAGGUCAGGACAAUCGCAGCAAGCUCCGGAACAUGACUGACUUCCGGCUGGCAGGCCUGGACAUCACGGAUGCCACGCUUCGCCUCAUCAUCCGCCACAUGCCUCUCUUGUCGAGACUCGACCUCAGUCACUGUAGCCACCUCACAGACCAGUCCUCCAACCUGCUCACCGCCGUCGGGUCUUCCACGCGCUACUCUCUUACUGAGCUCAACAUGGCAGGUUGCAAUAAAUUGACAGACCAGACCCUGAUCUACUUGCGGCGCAUCGCCAACGUCACCUUGAUCGACCUUCGAGGAUGCAAGCAGAUCACUCGGAAAGCCUGUGAGCACUUCAUCUCAGACUUGUCCAUCAACAGCCUCUACUGCCUGUCUGACGAGAAGCUGAUCCAGAAGAUCAGCUAAGGUGCCGCCCAGACUGAACAGGAGGCAGUCUGCCCAACUCCCACGGAGAGCUCUUUCCCGACCCUGCAGGGCUCAAGGCCAGCACCACUCCUUCUCAGCUCUCCAUCCCCCAGCCCGUCCCCUGCAGGCGGGGCGAGGGAGUGGUGGACGCCAGGCUUAACUGCCUGCUUCCCUCCUUCCCAAGGAAAAAGGAGUCGCAGAUGGAUCUGAGGGGAAGGCACAGGCUGGGUGCUGUCCAGGGGCCUGUCUGCCGCCAGGAGGCCGGGCUCUCAGAUUGGGGUGUUUGUGCAACUUCACCUGCCCUGGGCCCUGGGCCCUCCACCCGCCAGCGGUCCCCAGGGAAGCACGCCACGGUGGCUCUCAGAUUGGGGUGUUUGUGCAACUUCACCUGCCCUGGGCCCUGGGCCCUCCACCCGCCAGCGGUCCCCAGGGAAGCACGCCACCCAGCCCCAAGGUUCUCCUGUGGUGUCCAAUGGGAGCAAGUCCUCGCUCCACCACGCUCUCCCAGCUAUCCCGGGAGGGAGUGCCGGCAGCUCUGGGAAUGCCAGGCCAUGCGCAUCACACUGGUGCUGUUGAGAAGUUCCAGCCUCUCGUCUGUUUGUGUGCGCCCUCCUGUCCUCUUCUGGGAGCGAGAUGCCAUCAGCACUCAUGGCAGCCCACUCGAGGUUGCCCACCUGCCCACCGCCCCCAAAUUUCCCACUAGUCUCUCUGAGCUCCUUAUUGCACUUAUUGGGGUUGAGGCAUUUCAGAGGCACUGGAACUGCCCCCACCCCCCGGAACACCCCCACUCUUUUGCUUCCCAGGCAGAUUCUGAGACAGGCGCCCCUCUCCCUGUCCCCUGUUCGGUCCUUCACUGCCCCUCCCCAUGUCCUGGGGGUGACCUGCCUAAGGUUUUCCAGGAUGCUUGGCCGCUGAAGGCUGGGGGAGGCCCACAUGCCUCCCUUUGCCGCCCAACCAGGCCCCAGGCCCCCUAAGCCCAGGCUGUGUUUACCCAGUGGUUCACCGACCUGUCACCACUGGGUGGGGUCCUGCUUAGAAGCCAGUCACCAGCCCUCUGCCUGCAGCCAAGGAAGGGGGUGUGCACGUGCCUCUGUGUGUGUGGCUGUGUGCUGUGCGUGUGUGCGGAAGGAAAGGGGGAGCCGGGUCUCCCACUCCCCACCCUGCCCUGUGUGCGCCCCGUCGGCUGCCCCUUUUACUUUGCAUUGAACGGCCUGUCCAAAGAUCCUCUCUCUAGGGCAGCAGAGAGCUUUUUGCACUUUAAAAAAAAAAGGAAAGAAAGGUCGCAAUUUCUUUUGGGUCAAUAUCGAAGUGUGUGAGGAGAUGCCCAUGGCAGCAGCCUGCGGCAGAGCUCGUAGGUGAUGUCGCAAGUUUGCACUCUGCUCCCGGCUGUAAGGGUACUGAUAGCACAGACCCCACCCUCCUCCCCCCAUCCUGCAGCCCAGUCGCCCAGUCUCAGCCCUACCCAGGCUGGGGAGCCAGACCAGAGGAGAGACCUAACCACAUGUGUCCCAAGCAAUGGCUGUGGUCCUCUCUGCCACCCAGCCCAGCUUUGACCCUGGCAACGGCCGGCUUCCAGAUAUAGAGGUGGGCCAGGGUGGGGUGUGGGCACCGUGUCUGUUUCUUCCGCUCUGCUGGUUCUCGGCUGCACCUUAUGAACACCAGUCUCCGUCGCCCCUGCCCACCUCCCCUUCCAUUGGUCUCCAGGCCCCGAAGAAAUGCCAGUGACUUAUUCCAGAGUGCCUCAGCUCGGGGACUUCUCUGUAAAGAACCCUGGGUAUUGAGCAAAAACUUAUUAAUAUUGUUCAUGACCUAUAAUUGGAAGCUUCCUGCCUUUUUUCGGUUGCUCCUGUGGAAAAUACUGAAAAGACCUUUUUUUGGUUUGCGUUUUGUCUUGAUAAAAGGGGAGGUGGCGAGAGCCCUUCAGAGCAGGGACUGCCGGGAGAGUGCCUCAGACUAUGGGACGUUUCAUCCGCAGAGAUCUCCAAUCUGAGCGUGUGUUUGGGGAUUGGUUUUGGGUUUGGAAAAGCAAGCAUUCUACUGGGCAGCCAGAAAGGGCACCCAGGGCGGCAGCUGGACCAAUGCCCUGCCGGCUGGCUGCCCUUGGCAGGACUGAGGGGAGAGGGCUGGCCUGUGUGGAGCACCUUCGUUUCCCGCUGUCUGCUCUGAGCCCCGCCUGCCCACCGACACCCAACCAACCUGGACACCUGCCUUCCAUCUCGCCAUGCACCGGGGCAAAAGCCACAAAGGAAAGGAAGAAAAUUUAUAUAUAUAUAAUAUAAAAUCACUUGGUGAUUAAAAAAUAACUGCUCCAUAAAUAAAACUCCUAAAGUCACUAUGUUUAAA